AUGGUCGCAACGGAUGGUCUCAUCGCAGCCCCCCCACAGCGGCAGAAUCGUCGUCGAGAGCGUCCCGGGUCGAGAAGUCGACGGAUCCUCACCCGAAAAGCAAACCUCCAGUACGAGCUCCACGAAGGUCUCCUCGAUGCCCACGACGCCUCCAUCCAGCUCCCGUCUGACAAGACCCGCUCCUCGCCGCUCCUGCGCCAGAGCUUCGAUCAGAGCUGGCAGCGGUGGCAAGCUCGAAGAACGGAGGAGAAAGCCCUCGCGGAGUUGGACAAGCGGUGGUUGGAGCAAGAGCAGUUGGUGAUGUUUGGGGGCGAGCUGGGAGACGACGUGAGUCUGAUACCCGAUACCGCGAUGCUGGGCGUUGUUGUCAGUCUCUUCGGGGACAUCGACUACAUCGAUCCCUGA